AUUAACAGUGUGCAGACUGCAGAGCAACAGUAACAUAUUAUUAUUAUUAACACAGAUUUGCACUUUGCCAAGGUACUGAACUUGUGACUGACUAGUAAAGAUCAGAGGCGCAUUAUAGAACGAUAAUAUCGUACUUACUAACCAGCAGUCGGUGUGCGUACAAAAUAAUAUUGUCGACUGUGGUGUUCAUGUCCGUUUGUUAUUCGCAUCAUACGACACGAGCGUUAUAAAACAAUAUCAUGCCAUAAAUAUUACUAUAUACACGACGUAUAUUGCAUAUUAUUACAUUGUACCUAUAAUGUCAUUAAACUAUCGUGUCGAGAUUGGAAAUUUCCGUACCGCCGAUCGUCGCCCCACUCCGGCCUAGACCUUAAGGGCUCGCCGCCUACUCGACUGCCUAGUCUGCCUACGCUUCCGUAUUCCAUUUUACACUUCCAUAGCAAUAGCAAUCGUUGUUUCGUGGUCGCCUUCGUGGAGCACGUAAAUAGUAGUAGUGCGGACGCGUCGUCCUCGUCAAUGGCACUUCGAAAAUCCGUUGUACACUCGUCUCGUCGUCUCGUUGACGUCCGCCGCGAUUUGCCAAGAAGACAUUAACACUAUUUUGUCGUCAUUUCGGCACUGCAUCGACACUUUGUGAUUGUCUACCGGAUCCAGUGCAAUGUCCGUCACCGUACAGCAGAUAUUGUCGGACGCCAAGCGAUUGGCGUCCAAGCUCAAGGAACACGACACAGCAGCCGACUCGUUAUUGUCCCAAGCCCAGUUCGUCUACAAGAAGAUCGACGCUAUGAAACAAUAUACAGACGAUUUGUCAGAACUCAACGACAUGGAAGAGGGAGGUUUGCCACACGAAGAACUGGUCAACUCAAUACGCACCGAGAGUCGACAGCUACAAGAGAUUGUACGAGAAAACCGAAUAUUAAGAGCAAUGGUUGCUGAGCACCAGACUGCGCUUGAGAUGAUCAUGAGUAAAUAUAGGUCACAGGUUUCACAUCUUGUUACCCAAACCAGUGCCGACCAGCUAGUUAACAAUCUCACAGCAAAGACAAUUGAAGAGAAAAAUGCAUUGAUCAUUCAACAGGAGGAACGCAUCAAAGAAAUGAUGGCUGUUAUGAGUCUCGCCUCUCGUCUAGAAGCUGAAGAAGCUAGUAAAAAAGAAGAAACUAUUGGCAGGUUACAAACUGAAAACCAAACACUUAGAAAACUUUUGAAAAUAUCCAGUGAUUUG